AUGAUGCAAAACCUGCAAAAAUUAGCGCUGAAUAAGCAUAAUUUUACUACUUUUGAUAUUCAUAACUUGAUCUCACUUAGUAAUGCAUUGUCAAAGCUUCAGUUCCUUUUCCCUAACACUGUUUGGCUUUUGAGUAUCAAAAACAAGCAUCAAUGGAGGUUCCGUACUGUUUUAAAUUUACGUCACCUUUGGAAAUAUUUGUACACACGUGCAAAUGCUACUGAAGGCUUGCAGUUGCCUUACAACUAG